GAUUUCCGGGUACAACCUCCUCGCAUAAAACCGAAGGGUGACGAGAGAGAGUUCGUCAGAGAACAGGAACCCAAUGAUUCCCAUAUGUCCAGUAGUCUCCUUCACCUAUGUGCCCGGCCGGCUAGGUGAAGAUGCCAAAAUGGCUACCGGCAACUAUUUUGGAUUUACCCAUGGUGCUGCUGCGCAGUACAGUCAGCAGCCGGCCGCUGGGGUUGCCUACACCCACCCCACCACAGUGGCCAGCUAUACUGUGCACCAAGCACCAGUGGCGGCCCACACGGUGGCGGCAGCAUAUGCCCCAACGGCCGCCACAGUUGCCGUAGCCAGACCUGCGCCCGUUGCCGUAGCCGCGGCGGCUACGGCAGCGGCGUAUGGUGGGUAUCAGCCGGCGCACGCGGCCACCGAUUACGCCUACGCUGCCCAGCGGCAGCCCGAGGUCCCACCGCCCCCUCCCCCGGUCACGUCCCAGAACUACCAGGACACGUAUUCGUAUGUGCGUUCCACGGCUCCAACCAUGGCUUACGACAGUAAGCAGUACUACCAGCAGCCCACAGCCACCGCCGCAGUGGCAGCUGCCGCCCAGCCACAGCCCAGCGUGGCAGAGUCCUACUACCAGACAGCUCCAAAAACCGGUUACACGCAGGGAGUCACCCCCUACACCCAGACCCAGCAGACGCGUCAGGUGACCGCCAUCAAGCCAGCCACCCCCAGCCCCGCCACCUCCACCUUCUCCAUCUACCCAGUAUCCUCGGCGGUGCAGCCGGUCGCCGCCGCCUCCGUUGUCCCGUCCUACUCCCAGAGUCCCACCUACAGUACUAAUGCAGUCACCUAUUCAGGUACAUCAUACUCGGGUUAUGAGGCGGCCGUGUACUCCGCCGCCUCCUCUUACUACCAGCAGCAGCAGCAGCAACAGCAGCAGAAGCAGGCGGUGGCGGCUGCCGCGGCGACGGCCGCCUGGACCGGCAGCACCUUCACCAAGAAGACGCCCUUCCAGAACAAGCAGCUGAAGCCCAAGCAGCCGCCCAAGCCGCCACAGAUCCACUACUGCGACGUUUGCAAGAUCAGUUGCGCCGGCCCGCAGACCUAUAAGGAGCACCUGGAGGGCCAGAAGCACAAGAAGAAGGAGGCAGCCCUCAAGGUCUCUCAGAGCAGCAGCAGCAGCGGAGCGGGCGGCACCGGCAGCUCGGCCCGCGGCACACAGAACCAGCUGCGCUGCGAGCUCUGUGACGUCUCCUGCACUGGCGCCGACGCCUACGCCGCGCACAUUCGCGGUGCCAAGCACCAGAAGGUCGUCAAGCUACACACCAAACUGGGCAAGCCCAUCCCCUCCACAGAGCCCAGCGUGGUCACCCAGACCUCCAGCGCCACUACAGCGGGGCCCAGCAAGGCCUCGGCGGGCGGCUCUGCGUCGGCGGGCGGCUCCGGUGCGGGCGGAGGCGGGGCCAUGGGUACCAGCGUGCAAUCUCCUGCUCCAGCGUCUGCGGCGGGCGCCGCCAACUCGUCCUACCUGAAGCCCAUCAGCAUGGUGAACAGCGCCAGCACGGCGGCGGCCGCCGCGGUGCAGGGCAAGAGCCCAGCGGUCAGUGGCCUGCCCACCAACGGCAGCGUGGUCAAGAAGGCCAACACUCCCAAGAUCAACUUCGUUGGAGGAAGUAAGUUACAGACCACAGGUGUCAAGGCCGAUGACUCCAAAGCAGAGACUGCAAAACCUGCCCCAGCCUCAUUGGCUGCACAGUCUCCGGACAUGAAGAUAGAGUCCUCUGAUUCGCUGUCGGCGCAGUCCGCCCUGGCUGCCCUGCAGAGCGAUGUCCAACCAGUCGGACACGACUAUGUUGAAGAGGUACGUAACGAUGAAGGCAGGGUGAUUCGCUUUCAUUGCAAGCUGUGUGAAUGUAGUUUCAACGAUCCAAACGCCAAGGAGAUGCAUUUAAAGGGUCGAAGACAUCGUCUUCAGUACAAGAAAAAGGUCAACCCAGAUCUCCAGGUGGAGGUGAAGCCCAGUAUCCGAGCACGCAAAAUCCAGGAGGAGAAGAUGAGGAAGCAGCUGCAGAAGGAGGAGUACUGGAGGAGGAGAGAGGAGGAGGAGCGCUGGAGGAUGGAGAUGAGGUGUGGGCGGUACGAGGAGGAUAUGUACUGGCGACGCAUGGAAGAGGAGCAGCACCACUGGGACGACCGGCGCCGGAUGCCCGACGGAGGCUACCCCCAGGGCCCGCCCGGCCCACCGGGGCUCCUGGGCGUGCGACCCGGCAUGCCCAUCCCUCAGCCACAGGGCCCAGUGCCCCUUCGCCGGCCCGACACCUCGGAUGACCGUUACGUCAUGACCAAACACGCGGCCAUCUACCCCUCCGAGGAAGAGCUGCAGGCCAUCCAGAAGAUUGUGUCCAUCACUGAGCGGGCUCUCAAGCUUGUGUCCGACAUCAUCACGGACCAAGACAAGGGCAAAGAGGAGGACAAGGAGAAGGAGAAAGAGAAGGAGAAAGAGAAGAAGGAGAUCCCCAAGGACCGAGCUCUUAAGGGUGUAAUGAGAGUUGGCGUGUUGGCCAAAGGCCUGCUCCUCCGUGGAGAUAAGAAUGUGAACCUGGUUCUCCUCUGCUCCGAGAAGCCCACCAAGAACCUGCUGACCCGCAUCGUGGAGCACCUUCCCAAGCAGCUCACGUUGGUGACACCUGAGAAGUACGAGGUGAAGGGCUCUAUCCAGGAGGCGGCCAUCAUCCUCACCUCCGGCGCCGAGCCCAAGAUGCAGGUGACAAUCACCCUGACGUCGCCCAUCAUCCGAGAGGAGAACGCCCGGGACGGAGAUGUAACCUCGGGUAUGGUGAAAGACCCAGCGGACGUCUUGGACAGGCAAAAAUGCCUUGACGCUCUGGCUGCUCUACGCCACGCUAAGUGGUUCCAGGCUAGAGCUAACGGACUCCAGUCCUGUGUCAUAAUCAUUCGCAUUCUACGGGACCUGUGUCAGCGAGUGCCCACGUGGUCUGCCUUUCCAAGCUGGGCCAUGGAGCUCCUGGUGGAGAAAGCCAUCAGCAGCGCGUCUGGCCCCUUGAGCCCCGGAGAUGCCCUGCGUCGAGUCUUUGAAUGUAUUUCCUCCGGCAUCUUGCUCCCUGGUGGUCCUGGGUUGAUUGACCCAUGCGAGAAGAACCCCACAGACACGUUGGCAGCCAUGGAGGAGCAGCAGAGAGAGGAUAUAACCUCAAGUGCCCAGUUUGCCCUAAGGCUGCUUGCAUUCCGCCAGAUCUACAAAGUCUUGGGCAUGGACCCACUGCCCCAGAUGAACGCCCGCUUCAACGUGCGCAACAACCGCAAGCGCCGACGCGACAACAGCGACGGGACGGACGGCUUCGAAGCAGAGGGGAAGAAGGACAAGAAGGACCACGAAGGCUUCUAAAAAAAGCAAAUUCAAACAAACAAAACGAUGGAAAAAAAAAAAAAAACCCCGUAAUAAUGCCCCCUCUUCCUUGUGUACCGUAGUCUGUUGCAAGGGUGGCAGUCCUUUCCUUUCCUGUCGUGUCGCGUGAAGGCUAGCGUUCGCCUGGCUUGCGUGCCAGUUAUGUUAUUUGCACUACCAUCUAUUGGCAAGUUCAGUGGUCCAAGGGAACAACCGAUCUAAUUCUGAUGUCAAUGUUAAUUCCACAAAGUUUCUGUGACUAGCUCUUCAGUGGAAAACCGUAAAAUAGCAGUUUGCAGAUUAUAGUCUGUUAUCAAAAAGAAAGAAAUAGAAAAAUACAUGGCAGAGCUGCCAGGGCAGAAGCCAUUUGUUUUCAAGUGAGUGCUGGUGUAGACAUGACCCUUCAGGAAUGGUGUGACCCCCCCCCUCCUUCCACUACACUUCACACUAUGGUUGUAAUAUUUUUCUUUUUUCUAGUUUGCUGCAGUCGGGUCUUGUUGAUGUUGAGCAAACUCGUCAGAUCAUAGCUUUACAGGGCAUUGAAAUAAAACAGUCUUGCAGUAGAUUGAUCUAACUGUGGUUUGGACCUAAACUCAUCUAGCUAACGCCAUCUUACCCCAAAUGUCUAAACUAGAACUACUUCAUGACUGGCUUCCUACUUUUUAUUCCUGUGUUUUAUUUCAACGGAGACAUUCCUGAUCCCAUUAUAAUUCUAAGAAAAAAAUAUAUAUAAUUAAAAGUGAAAUGAUGUGUAUGUUAGUCUUGUAGUCAUGUUAUGAUCAACCUGGACAAAAUGCUAAUGCGUAUGAGCAUGUAUUUUCUAGUUCUAGUACAUUGAGGGUUGGCUGUUGGCAUAUAAUAAUGAUGAAAUUUAUAAUUUGGCUCAUGGUAUAUUUUUUACAUUCUUAUUUUUUAUUGUUCUUUUAAGUUGUCACCGGAACACCAUUUCUGUAUCAUGCCAAUGGUGCAAAGUUGAGGUUUUGUCUAAAUAGUAGACUACAAGUGUUCUAAAUGUUCACAGGGGGGCUGUGACGAUAGUCGUGAUGCAUUUCUGAAAAGACACUGAUCCCUGGUUAAGUUUUUGUGUUCAUAGUGUUAUCCCUAAAUGUAUCUCUAUUGUAUAUAUGUGAUCAUAUAUAUAUAUAUCUAUAUAUGAUGUCUAAUAUAUGUGAUCACGCAUAAGCUUAUAUCUUACAAUGGAUAUUCAAAGUGUUCAUUUAUGUUUUAUUGAAGCAUGGCUGUGUCAUUUUCCCCCAUUUUAUGUUCUUAUGGCUUUGUUUUUAUGUUACUGUGGUUUUGGUUUUGAUUUUAUUGGUUUAAUAGAACAAUUGCUUGCCCUCAAUCUCAAUUGAAAAGUAGUUUGUUCAGAUCUCUUGAAAUGGAAAUAAGUUGGAGGGAGAACCAUGUAACACCAGUGUUGUAAUUUGCAGUUUGAUGUAAAACCACCCCUUUGAUGCCUGUAACUUGCUGUCAAAGUGCUACUGCAUUACAAUAAAAUAAAAAAAAAUAAAGACAUUUCCAGAAUGA